AUGUCGAGCCUCAAAGAUAUCAUGGACGUCGAUGUGGAACCACUCCAGUCCCAGGCCUAUAGAAGGUCAAGGGAAGCCGCACAACAACAAGCCUCGUCUCAUUCAUCGAUCGCCAUCCCCUCCGAGACUCCUUCGCCCGCACCCGAUGACGACGACCUUCACACCCACGAUAGCCACACCGACCUCAGCAAAGGGAAAGCCCCCAUCAAGCGGCGCAAGUCCAAUCGAAUCUCAAACCCGUCGAGCCUCUCUAUAGCAUCGGGUUCAGACGUCCCACGGGGGCGAGACAGUCCCAUUGGGGAUGCGAUGGACUUCUCGUCGGGAUACCCAACAGCGGGAUCUAGUCAGGCGAGCUCCACCGGGGGAACGCAGCAGAUCCAAAGAGUCCCAGAAGUGGGCACCGAUAUUCCGGUCAAAUAUACGCCGGUGACGGGUCGUAUUAGCAGAGCAAAGAAAGGAGUCCCGGUACAUACUUGCGAUAUUUGCAGCCCCGCUAAGACAUUCACGCGCGCAGAGCAUCUGAGACGACACCAGUUGAGCCAUCAGAAGCCGGCAUAUGCGUGCACUGUCGAGAACUGUGGAAGCACUUUCUACCGGCCGGACUUAUUGGCGCGACAUAUGCUGCGACAUGAAUCCGGAAGUGUUCAGGGAGGCAAUUCUAGCGAUCGACGAAGUAGUAGGGCGUCGUCGAACGCCUCGGAAAGACAAGCGCCUAUACUGAAGGUAGAAACACCAGGACACGUAUUUGGUGGCCACCAGGGAUCCAUGACAGGUGCGGCCACUCCCCGAACCUCUGGCAGUGUCGAGAGCUCGAUGACGAUCUCGAGCUCCGGCACCAUCACCAACCUGGCGGGCUUUUCUCCCCAGUCCUCAGCUUCCCAUAAACGAUCAGCAAGUGAAGCACAGCUUCAUGAACCGGAUCCGUAUCCCACCACUUCUCCCCAACCAAGCGGACCAUCGGUAAGCCUUGGGCAGCUAACCCCUGAUUAUACCACGGAUCUGCCACAGCGAGAUAUUUUUUCUGGCCCAUCGCCUGCCGGUUUCGAUGGCGAGAUGUACACCGAACCAGGUGAAGCUCGGUUUUCAACAACUUUUACCCCAACGCAACAUCUGACGGUCUUGAGUAUUCCGGACGAGUCUUUUCCCACUCAUGUUUCUUAUCCCCAGGAUAAUUCUCCAUGGUGCUCGUCUGCAUCUGACAGCACCUUCUCGAGCUACUCGGAGAGUUCCCGAAACGGCAGACACCGAAGAUCCAGGGGUCGGUCUACUUCCGUAGCUGACUGGCCAAUAUCCUCAGCAUCCCCAUGGUCUCCCCAGGGUAUUAGUGCCACUCCUCAGGACCUGCGGAGCUCUCCCUUCGAUAUCUUUCUAGAACAAAGUGGAGGGGCCUACGCUUCACCACGUAUGUCGUCCCCAACGAUUCAAGUUCAGCACUUAGACGUGCCAAGUACUUAUGGAAAUUCGAUAUAUAUGGAAUCAGUGGGUACUCCAGCCCUCUCGCCGUAUAGCAAACCAAUGUCUCAAGUCUUUUCAGCGUCCCCUUCACGAGUAUCCGAGUCCCGAUUGGCAGGCAUUCCUGCCUCGCGACAGAAGGAACAACUAGCGGCCAUGAAUAAUGGCAUAUCCACCAUCUCCGACUGCCAACCACCGCCACAACUAGACAUCUAUAUAAACAGCUACUGGGACAAUUUCCAUCCGUUUUUUCCUAUUAUCCACCGCCAAACAUCUGAGCCUAUCAAAGACAAUCUCCUUACCUCCGCAUUGGCCGCUAUCGGCACUCAGUACCACGACACCACCGAAGCCCGAGUUAUUGGAUCCGAGUUGAACGAAUCAUGUAGAAAGGGCAUUGGCCACUGCCCGACAUGGACCCUGCAGACGAUGCAAGCAAUCCUGCUUACUGAAGUCUUCAGUCGGUUCCGGGGACGUAAGACUACCGUUCGAUUGUCCCGGCAGUUUGACGAGCUCUAUGGAAGGCUUCUUAAGGGCAUAGAUCAAAGCUACAAAGCCAUUGAAAGUCCAGAUAUUCCAACUCAAUGGUUUCAAUGGGCCGAGAUAGAAGGCCACAAGAGACUUCUUAGCGCCUGCUUCAUAUUCGACGUCCAGCAGGCACUUUACCAUCAACAACCCCGAUCAAAGGCGCUCGGCGGCGAGACACGUCCCUUCCUUCCCACGCUAUGCUCUGAUAGUCUCUGGAAUGCAGGCACCGCGAUAGAAUGGCAGGCUCACCUAACCGAUUACCCACUUGAUCAACCUCUCCAACUUCUAGAGCAGAGCAUAUGCUCCCAACGAACUUCUCCUAGAUCGUCAGCCUUCACCCAAUCACUCUUAAUCUGUUUUCUGGCCACCCGACUUCCCAUGCGGGAGAAUCCUAGGUGUCCGAAUGCUUACCUUCCGCAUGCUCCAGAUUCUGGCCUCACGAGUCUUAUGGAUCCAUUUCCUACCUCCUCACUUGCCCAAACCUACCUCGCCUUGCAUCAUACGCCGCUCCACGACCUCCUUGCAAUCGCAGGCGACACCUGGAUAUUUGGUCAGAAAGUAACUCCGCCAUCUGCCUUCCAUGACGCUCAGUCGCGUUUGAAGACGUGGUCAUCAUCCGUCGCUGCGGCUCAAGCUACUCACCAUGCAUGUCGCAUCCUGUCUGUCGGACUUUGCCAGCCAAGUACUCACGAAAACAACUAUAACGAGGUUGGACUAGGUUACCUAUCCAAGUACUGGGGCUUAUACAUCGCCGCGUUGAUUUGUUGGGCAUUCGGUCACCGCUAUCAGCCCUCUGGGAGCAGCAGCGGCAGCCUGACCCGAAGCAAUUCUUAUACAGCAAUCGGUGAUACCGAUGCAAACGGACACUACCAAUCCUCCUCUUCGGCCAUUGAUGCGCAGGUCAAAACCGCCAAUUAUGUCAAUUCCAUGCUAGAACUAAGCGUCGAGGACCUAUUAACAAAUAGAGCCAGCAUGAGAGGCGAAACAUCUGCUGUCAUUGAUGCUGUUCGCCAUGGCCUGGGGAGCGAUGGUCUGGGUGACAAGUGUAGCAUGCUUGUUGAUUGUAUUGGGGUCCUGAAGAAGCUCUCCAAAACCGGCAAAGGGAAAUGGUUCUAA